UUUCGGCGGCGCGGGGUUCGGGGCGCGCGGACUGGGCGCCUCACCUGGCACAUAGAUCUCUCCGCGCUCCUCGUCGGGGAGCUCGCUCCAGUUCCUCCUGCACGUGGAGACGCACGUCUUCUUCACUAGAAACGCACGAGGCAUUUUCGAACCCUCCUCGCCGGGUACCGGCUGCUUCCGUAACUAGAGCCGGAGCCGUCCCACCUUUCCCUGGCCGGGCUGGAGGCGGACGGGGGUGGGGGGUGGGGGAGCAGGUCGGAGAAGAAGUCGCCAAAGCGUCCCGCGUUGCGCCGGGAGGCCGUGCCCGGGACGGCGCGCGCCCGUUUCAACUCCGCGGAGCUGUCGCCGUCCUCCGUCUGAACGAGGUCCCCUUCAGCCAGAUGCACCGGGCGGCGGGGGAAGCGGCAGGGACUUGCGUGCCUGACCAUGGGGCCCAGGAGCCGGGAAACCUGGGCCCAGCGCCUGGGCACCUUCCGGGCCAGCCCGUCCGCCUUCAUGGCAGGUCCUGAGGGUGAGGAUCUGGGUCGUCACCUGCUGAGCGACCUGAGGAGUGAGAAGCUGAGCGAGCCAACUAAGGUUUCCUUGCUGGCUCUGAGCUUGGAGUACCCAGCGCAGCUGUGGCCGGACGCUCCUGCGGCCGAAAUAGCCGCCACCUCCUUGUUGGAUACCCUGGUCCUUCUACCCCCGCGGCCCUCGGCUCUGCGGCGGCCCCUUCUGCUGGCGGCCACCACAGCCUUGGCGGCAGGAGGUGCGUUGGGCCCCACCUCGAGAGCUUCCCGCCGGCUCUUGCCCCUGCUGCUGGGCUUGGCCUCGGGCCGCGAUUUGGGGAGAAGCUUCGGUCCUGCCUCGGAACAGCGCCCCCUGCAGGCCACAGCGUGGGAGUGCCUGCGGGAGCUGGAGAGCUGCAAGCCUGGGCUGCUGGGGGGCUGUCUGGGGCUGCUUCGGGGCCUGCUGGGGCAGGAGGCCGCUGUACAGCCACUCAGCCUGCUGCUGGCACUUGCCCUACGAAACGCCUUGGUGAUACAGGCCAGGGCCAGGUCUGGCCUGCAGGGCCUGCUCGUGGCUGGGGGCUGUCCCACCGAGGGUGGUCCCUGGAACUGGAUGCUAGCUGAGGAGGGUGAUGCCCACCUUCAGCCCCAGGCACCCAGUUGGCCAGCAGCUGAGGAGGGGGAGUGUUGCCUUGCCACGCUGGAGCUCAGUCCUGAGGAGGCCCGGGAGCUGCGGGCUGCCGUGGCCCAGCUUCUGGACAUCUCCUACCUGCUCACUCCUGUGGCCCAGGCCCAGCUUCUGUGGCUGCUGGGCUGGGCCCUGCGGGGUCUUCGGGGACAGCCACCAGUGCUCUUCAAGCCACAGCUGGUACGGCUGCUGGGCACAGCACAGCUGACGCUGCUGCACGCCGUCCUGGCUCUGAAGGCGGCCUUUGGUGAGGCACUGUUCACAGCCCAGGAUGAGGCCUUGCUGCUUCGCCGGCUCACCUUGGCUGCCCAGCACCCGGCCCUGCCCCUGCCCGCCCAUCUCUUCUACCUGCACUGCCUCUUGAACUUCCCUGAGAACUGGCCGCUGGGCCCCGCAGGCGAGGAGGCUGCCCCGCUAUUGCUGGGGUUCCAGCUAUGCCGUGGUCUCCUGCCCAGUCUCCUGCAUGACCCGAUGGCCCUGCUGGCCCGCCUGCAUCUGCUGUGCCUCCUCUGUGUGGAAGACGAAGAAAAGGAGGAAAAGGGCCAGGAUCAGAGCCCCCGGCAGUACCUGGAGGAGCUACUGGCUGGCCUGCGGCAGAGGGCAGCCCUGGAUGGUGGCCCCCGGGCCUUAGCCACUCUCUGCUUCCAGGCCUCCUACCUCGUUGCUCGCUGCCUGGCCGGGCAGCCUGUGGUGCUGACACCCUUGACCCACGGACUGGCCCAGCUGUACCGAGCCCGGCCUGCACUGGCUCCCCAUUUCGUGGAUCUCUUGGAUCGGGUGGGCCCUGAGCUGGGGGAACCCUUAAAGGUGGUCUUGCGGCAGGAGGUGGUGUCCAGGCCAGGCAGGGAUGAGGCCCUUCGUUGGCACCUGCAGAUGCUGGCAAGGGUGGCAGAUGGGGAUGCCCAGAGUGCCACCCUUGGCUUCCUGCAGGCUGCAGCUGCUCGCUGCACGGACUGGGGCCUCCAGCAGGCCCUCCUGCAGGUCUGCCGGGUCCUGCUGCGGGCAGGUGUUGGAGGAGGCCUGGCGGACUUGCUGCAGGCCCUGGCCAGGCAGCUGGAGGACCCUGAUGGGCGGGACCACGCGCGCCUCUACUACAUCCUCCUGGCCCACCUGGAAGAGCCCAAGCUGGGGGUGGCCCUGGGCCCCUCCCUUGCCGCACCUGCACUGGCCUCUUCACUGGUGGCCGAGAACCAGGGCUUUGCUGCAGCGCUGAUGGUGCAGGAGGCCCCGGCCCCGAUUCGGCUAAGCAUGGGUCCCCACAGAGCCAAGGGCCCGGUCCCAGUGCUGCAGCUCCAGGUGGAGGUGCUGGAGCAGGUGUAUUCUCUGGAACUGCGCUUCCGUGUGGAAAGACAGCUCUAUGCACCCUUGGGGGCUGUGCACGUGCCGUGCCUGUGCCCCAGCCGCCCCACCCGCCCUCUGCUGCUGCCUCUGCAGCCCCGACGCCCGGCUCCCGCGAGGCUGGCUGUGCGCGCCCUGUACACCACACCCAGCGGCCUCACCUGCCAUGCUCACCUGCCACCCCUGCUUGUGAACUUCGCUGACCUCUUUCUGCCUUUCCCCCAGCCCCCCGAGGGGGCCAAGCUGGGCUUCUUCGAGGAGCUCUGGGACUCCUGCCUGCCAAAGGGCACCGAGAGUCGCUUGUGGUGCCCUCUAGGGCCACAUGGGCUGGAGGCCUUGGUGUCCCGCCACCUGGAGCCCUUUGUGGUGGUGGCCCAACCCCCAACCAGCUACCUUAUAGCCAUCCGUCUGCCCCCAGACUCGCGGUUGCUGCUGCGGCUGGAAGCAGCCCAGGCAGACGGAGUGCCUGUGGCCCUGCGGACUGAUGACUGGGCCGUGCUGCCUCUGGUGGGGGACUACCUCCGGGGGCUGUCAGCGGCUGGCUGAGCCCCAGGGCUGGCACAGAGCCCGUGAGCCACAACUACCGAGCCCAUGUGCCACAACUGCUGAAGCCUGCGUUCUGCAACAAGAGAAGCCACCGCGAUGAGAAACCCACACACCACAAUGAAGAGUAGCCCCCACUCAUCGCAACUAGAGAAAGCCCGCGCAGCAACAAAGACCCAACGCAGCCAAUAAAUAAAUAAAGAAAGAACAUUACUCAUUAAAAAAAAAGGAUUAUAGAAUAUUGUAUCCAACAAGAGAAGAAUACAUGUUCUCAAGUGCACAUAGAACAUCCACUGCGACAGACCACAUUUUGGGCCAUAAAACACACCUUAACAAAUUUAAAAGAACAGGAGUCUGCUUUUGGACCACAAUGGAAUUAAAGUAGAAAUCAUGACAGAAUGACAGCUGGAAAAUUCCCAAAUAUUUGGAGAUCAGGCAACAUACUUCUGUAUAACACAUGGGUCAAAGAAGCCCCAUGGGAAAUUUUAAAAUAUCCUGAACUAAAUGCAAAUGAAAAUACAACUUGUCAAAAUCUGUGUGAUUCAGUGAAAGCAAUACUUGGAGUGAGGUUUGUGGCAUUAAAUGAAUAUAUUAGAAAAGAAGAAAGAUAUAAAAAUCAAUAGUGUAACCUUUUAUUUUAGGUUACUAGAGAAAGAAGAGUAAUAUGAGCCUACAGCAAGUAGAGGAAGAUAAAUAAAAAUUAAAGCAGAAAUCAGUGAAAUCGAAAGGAGGAAUUCAGAGAAAAUCGACGAAACCAAAAGCUGGUUCUAUGAAAAUAUCAGUAAAAUUGAUAAGCCUCUAGCUAGGCUAACUAAGAAAAAAAGAGCACAAAUUAUUAAUACCAGAAAUAAAAGAGGGGUCAUCACUACUGAGCCCAUGGACGUUAAAGGGAUAGUAAAUAUUAUGAACAAUUCUAUGCCCACAAUCUCAUAACUUAAAUGAAAUGGACCAAUUCCUUGAACGACACAAAGUAACAAAACUUACACAAAGGAAAAUAGAUAAUCUGAAUAGAGCUAUAUCUCGAGAAAGUGAAUAAUUAAUAGUUAUAAUGGUUAAUACUGUAUAUUGUUAACAUAAUAAUAGAUAUGAGGUGACACAUAUAUCAAAUCAUCAUGAUGUACACUUUAAAUAUCAAUUUUAUUUGUCAGUUAUACCUCAGUAAAGCUGAAAAAAAAAUUUCUUAAAAUGAACAACAAAAAUUAGUGAAAAUCUCCUAAAAAAAAAAAAAAAAAGCAACAGGCCGAGAUGGUUCCCUGGUGAAUUCUUCUUGUGAAAAAACAUUUCAGAAAGAAUAACAAUUCCUUACAAUCUCUUCCAGAAAAUAGAAGCAGAGGGAACACUUCCUAAUUCAUUCUAUGAGACCAGCAUUAUCCUAAUACCAACACCAGAUAAAGACAUCACGAGAGAGGAAACUACAGAUCAAUAUCACUCAUGAACAUAGGUGCAAAAAUCCUCCACAAAAAAAUAUUAUGAAAUUGAAUUCAAUAUACAUAAAUGUAUGCUAACACUUUAAAAGAGUAAACAAUGGAAAGAUGAACUAAAAUAUUCAAAAGAUCACAUAGGGCAGGAGAGAACUGUUUGCAAGGAACAGGAAUAGACACUAGGUUUCUCUAAAUAGAUCUUACUUUGUAGUUUGAUUUUGGAAAUGUAAAUAAUCACAUAAAGUAAAAGUAAAUCUUUUAGGGCUUCCCUGGUGGCGCAGUGGUUGAGAGUCUGCCUGCCAGUUCAGGGGACACAGGUUCAAGCCCUGGUCUGGGAGGAUCCCACAUGCUGCGGAGCAACUGGGCCCGUGAGCCACAAUUACUGAGCCUGCGCGUCUGGAGCCUGUGCUCCGCAACAAGAGAGGCCGCGAUAGUGAGAGGCACACGCACUGCGAUGAAGAGUGGCCCCCGCUCAUCGCAACUAUAGAAAGCCCUCGCACAGAAACGAAGACCCAGUACAGCCAUAAAUAAGAAUCAAUAGCUUUCCUGAAAACUAUGGCCUACAGGCCAAAUCCAGUCCACUUCUUUUUUUCAGCCCACUGUGUUUUUGCAAAUAAAGUUAUAUUGGAACACAGCCAUGCUUAUUUAUUUACAUAUUGUCUAUGUUUUUUUUUUGUUUGUUUUUGGUUUUUUUUUGCGGUAUGCGGGCCUCUCACUGUUGUGGCCUCUCCCGCUGCGGAGCACAGGCUCCGGACACACAGGCUCGGCGGCCAUGGCUCACGGGCCCAGCCACUCCGUGGUAUGUGGGAUCUUCCCGGACCGGGGCACGAACCCGUGUCCCCUGGCAUCGGCAGGCAGACUCUAAACCACUGUGCCACCAGGGAAGCCCUCUAUGGCUACAAUGACAAAGCUGAGUACUUGUGUCAGAGAACAAAUGUGAGGUUCACCAACCUCUGCUAUAGAUAAAUAAUAAUCAGAAUGUAAAAGGAAAAAAAGAGAAAAAGGAUCUUGUUUGUAAUAGAAACAAUAUAAGCUAUCUAGGAAUAAACUUUAAAAUAUGUAUAAAAGAAGAAAACCUCACAACCGUACGGAUAAGACAUAAAAGGAGACAUAAAUAAAUGGUAUUAUGUAUCUUAUGCUUGGUAGAAAAUGAAAGCAAAAUUCUAUUCAAUCUGUCAAUACCCUCCAGCCAAAGACCACCAGGCACACAUCUGUAGUUACUAGUUUUGCAGUGUGGGGUAUCUCAGUAAGAAGGGAUUAGGAAGGAUUUCUAGGAUUUGGGCUUGUGUUGGGGAUAUGAGGGAGGGUUUAAAGAAGUAGGACUUUUCUCUGGAUUGGAUGCUGUCAGCAAGUGGGAGUAUUUCUGUGAUGGGAUAUGUUAACAGAUCUUAACUAUACGGAGGCUAAAGCUGCAAUUGGUGAAGUAGCAACAGAAACUUAUAUUAUCCAAGAUAGAGGGAUUUUCAUUAUUUUUGUGUGUUGGACAAUAUUUGUGUCUUUGUCAGUGUUCACAUGAUUACAGAAUGAUCUUGUUUUUGUUUUGAUCCUUCACAUCACAGAGUGACCUUGUCUGAUGUCUAUGUUCUGUGAAAUUGUUCAUGUUCAACAGAACACCAAGGCCAGCUCCUGGAUGUCCGAGGAUGCUUUUCUCUUUCUCAAAUCUAUAAAUUAAAUGCAAUUUUAAUGUUAAUUA